ACAUUGUUCGCAGCGACAUUGCCCUGGAUAAGCAGAAAGGCUGUAAGAUCGCCCAGCAUCCUGACAUAAUGUUGGAGCUACAGAGGGAAAAGGCAGCUCAGAUGCACUUGGUUUUGUUAAAGGAGCAGUUUUCAAACACAUACAGCAACCUCACAUUAACAGCCAGGUCUCUAGACAAACUCUAUAACUUUGCUGACUGCUCUGGCCUUCACCUGAUCUUUGCACUGAAUGCUUUGCGCCGAAAUCCCAACAACUCCUGGAACAGCUCCAAUGCCCUCAGCCUUCUGAAGUACAGUGCCAGCAAGAAGUACAACAUCUCCUGGGAGCUGGGCAACGAGCCCAAUAACUAUCGGACCCUGAUCGGCCGCUCGGUGAACGGCAGCCAGCUGGGGAAAGACUACAUCCAGCUGAGAAGCCUGCUGCAGCUUAUCCGCACUUACUCCAGAGCAAACCUCUACGGGCCGAACAUUGGGAGGCCCAGAAAGAACGUCAUCGCUCUCCUGGAAGGGUUCAUGAAAGUGGCUGGCAGCACGGUGGAUGCUGUUACCUGGCAACAUUACUACAUUGACGGCCGAGUGGCCAAAGUGACGGACUUCCUGAAAACGCGCCUGUUAGACACGCUCUCUGACCAGAUCAGGAAAAUCCAGAAAGUGC